AUGGCGACAGAGAACCACUGCGAUUUCCCGGUAUCCCCGAUCGGCGGCGUCAGCCUGGGAGGGCCGGGUGGGCUCUGCCGCCGGUGCAGCUCAGCGCCGCCUCCCGGCGCGGUGCCCGGCAAGUGGGUGCGGCUGAACGUGGGGGGCACCUGCUUCCUGACCACUCGGCAGACGCUCUGCAGGGACCCCAAGUCCUUCCUCUUCCGCCUGUGCCAGGCCGACCCCGACCUGGACUCCGACAAGGAUGAAACAGGUGCCUAUUUAAUAGACAGAGACCCGACCUACUUUGGGCCAGUGUUGAACUAUCUCAGACAUGGGAAACUGGUUAUUAACAAGGACCUAGCUGAGGAAGGUGUACUGGAAGAGGCUGAAUUCUACAAUAUCACAUCACUAAUAAAACUGGUAAAGGACAAAAUAAGAGAAAGAGACAGCAAAAUUUCCCAGGUGCCAGUCAAACAUGUGUACAGGGUGUUGCAGUGCCAGGAAGAGGAGCUCACUCAAAUGGUUUCCACAAUGUCUGAUGGCUGGAAAUUUGAGCAGCUUGUCAGCUUAGGUUCCCAGUACAGCUGUGGCCGGGCCCAGCAGUCAGAGUAUCUGCUGAUAGUGUCACGGGAAGUGAAAGGGGAAGAGAGAUGCUUCCAGAAAUGCUGCAGUGAGCUGGUCAGUAUUGGUUCUUCCUAUAACUAUGGCAAUGAAGAUCAGGCGGAAUUUCUGUGUGUUGUCUCAAAGGAAUUGCAUAACACUCCUUAUGGCACAACCAGUGAACCCAGUGAAAAAGCAAAGAGUGAGGAUGAAGAGACGGAUUACGAUAUGAAUGACUCAGAUUAA